GUACAGCAGCAUAAAAUGGGCAAACCAGGAUUCAGUCCACGCGGUGGUGGCGGCGGCGGAGGAGGCGGUGGCUUCCGUGGGCGUGGCGGCGGCGGAGGAGGCGGUGGCGGCGGCGGAUUUGGAGGAGGAGGCCGAGGUGGCGGUGGCGGCUUCGGAGGAGGUGGCCGUGGACGCGGAGGCGGUGGAGAUCGCGGUGGUGGUCGUGGUGGCUUUGGAGGCGGCGGCCGUGGACGCGGAGGCGGUGGAGAUCGAGGUGGUGGUCGUGGUGGCUUCGGAGGACGAGGUGGCGGUGGUGGCCGUGGAGGCGGCGGUCGCGGUGGCGGCGGAGGACGUGGUGGUGGCGCCGGCGGCUUCAAGGGCGGCAAAACCGUCACCAUCGAAGCGCAUCGUCACGAGGGAGUCUUCAUUGCCCGCGGCAAGGAGGACGCCCUGGUCACCAGGAACUUUGUACCCGGAUCCGAGGUCUACGGCGAGAAGCGCAUCUCCGUCGAGACCAAUGGCGAGAAGAUCGAGUACCGCGUGUGGAACCCCUUCCGCUCCAAGCUGGCUGCCGCUGUCCUGGGUGGCGUUGAGCAGAUUCACAUGCCGCCGGGCUCCAAGGUGCUCUACCUGGGCGCCGCCUCCGGAACGACGGUCUCGCACGUGUCGGAUGUGGUGGGACCCGAGGGUCUCGUCUACGCCGUGGAGUUCUCACACCGAUCCGGUCGCGAUCUGAUCAAUGUGGCCAAGAAACGCACCAACAUCAUACCCAUCAUCGAGGACGCUCGCCAUCCGCACAAGUACCGCAUGCUGGUGGGCAUGGUGGAUACGAUUUUCGCCGACGUUGCCCAGCCGGAUCAGGGCCGUAUUGUGGCGCUGAAUGCCCAGCACUUCCUGAAGAACGGCGGCCACUUCGUCAUCUCGAUCAAGGCCUCCUGCAUCGACUCGACGGCGCAGCCGGAAGCGGUAUUCGCUGCCGAGGUGAAGAAGAUGCAGGCGGACAAGCUGAAGCCGCAGGAGCAGCUCACGCUGGAGCCAUACGAGCGAGACCACGCCGUCGUCGUCGGCGUCUACCGACCACCGCCCAAGCAGUAGGACGACCUCUUCUGCCUGGUUUAGUUUUAAGGCUAUUGUACUAAUACAGACGUGUUGUAUUAAGUUUCUUUUUAAAUAUAAAACCAUAGUUGUAAAGAUAAAUCAAAAUGCAAACUAUUUUUGUAGCAGACGUACAAAAUAUACACAGAAACCAAAAGCAAA